GCUCCCGCGCUGGGGCACUCGUCCGGCCUCGUCCGCGGGCCGCGGUCUGCUGUGCCGGCGGCUGAGGGCCGCCCGCCGCGCGGCGUCGGCUGUGGCGUUGCGGUCAUUGUGUCGUGACGGUGACGCCCGGUAGUGGUUUCCGCGACAGCGGGUGGCGGCUGCUUUAGCCCGGCCUGGGCUCCGCGGCCGCCUGGAGGGUCUCUGCAGCGCCCACCCCUUCUCCUCCAGGACCCCACGCCAGCAGCGACCCUGAGCCAACAGCCGGAGCGACCGGCAAUGGCGGCCUCGACGGCCUCGCACCGGCCCAUCAAGGGAAUCCUGAAGAACAAGACCUCUGCGGCUUCCCCGGUGGUGGCCUCGGCCGAACAGCCCCGCCGGACCGUCGAAGAGGAGCUGAGUAAAAAGUCCCAGAAGUGGGAUGAAAUGAACAUCCUGGCAACAUAUCACCCAGCUGACAAAGACUAUGGUUUGAUGAAAAUAGAUGAGCCAAACACUCCUUACCACAAUAUGAUAGGUGAUGAUGAAGAUGCCUUUAGUGAUUCGGAAGGCAACGAAGUUAUGACUCCAGAUAUCUUAGCUAAGAAAUUAGCUGCUGCUGAAGGCUCGGAGCCAAAGUAUCGGGCUCGGGAACAAGAUAGCAGUGGAGAGGAGGAUAAUGACCUCUCCCCUGAAGAGCGAGAAAAGAAACGACAGUUUGAAAUGAAAAGGAAGCUUCACUACAACGAAGGACUGAAUAUUAAAUUAGCUAGACAGUUAAUUUCAAAAGACCUGCAUGAUGAUGAGGACGAAGAUGAAGAAAUGUCAGAGACUGCGGAUGGAGACAGCAUGACUAUUGAAGAGCCAAAUCAAGGAUCUACCACAAGUGACCAUCUGCAAAACAAAUCACAAAGUUCAUAAAAGAAAUGUGUUCAGCAAUGCAGUCGUUUGUCCAAUACAAACCUUGUUACUAUACUACACUGCUUCUUGUUCUCUACAAUUCGUGACUUAUGUACCAAAAUACACACCAGUUACAUAUUGCCAAGAAUUAAGUUAUAACCAUAGAGACUGAUUAGAUGGAAAAUGCCUAAUUAAUACAUAUAUUCUUGUGCCUCAUAAUUCACCAGAAAUACAGUGUAAUGUCAUUAGUCCAAAACUGCUUUACUUUUGUAAGAACACUGGUUAAUUUGUAUAUGAUAUUAUAUAGCUUUUUAUGCUUUAGAGAUUAAAUAAUGUCAUUGGGGGAAGCUAAUUUAUUUUUGUCACUUCUAGAUGAAGGUACCUCUUAUAAAAUGUUUGAAGGUUAGUUUGAUGUUUUUUCUUCUUUCAAUCAAAAGCCUACUGGUACAGUGGGAUAUAUUGGUAGAUAAAUAUUUAGGCAGAAAGAUAUUUUUUGACAUUUAUCUUUAGCUUGUUUUGGCUAAUUGAGAAGGAGUCUUAAGAGUUACUGUUCAUUUUCUGAUUGAUGACCUUUAAAAUUCCUGUUGAUUUUCUUUGUUCUCGAAAGCAAUGAACUUCUUUUCAUUCAAACUGGUUUCCCCCACUCCCAACCUCACUCAAAUAAAUGACCAGGUUCAAGUUGCACUGA